AUGAGCCCUUUGCUUCCCUCUGCCGACGUGGAUCUCUCGAAAGCGUGGAUUCAAGGUUGCCUGGACCGGGACAAUUGCUGGAAUUUUGUGAUCGAACUUCUUCCCUCGUCGCUUUCCACCACCAAGACCGCCCCAAGAGUCAUCGGAUUGGUUGGGGCUGUGCGUGCUCCAGAGAUUGGUUACAUGUUCAAUAUCGAUUAUUGGGGGAAAGGAUACGCGACCGAAGCCUUGCGGGCAUUCAUGCCACUUUUCUUCGACCAUUACUCGGGUGGCGUAAACCAAAGGUAUGAGUUCGCAGAAGCGCAUACAGAUCCCGAGCUUCUAGCGAGUCACAAUGUAUUGGAGAAGGCUGGGUUCAAGUUGCACGAAAGAAGGGAGAAGGAUUUUGACAACCCUGUUUUGGGGUUACGGGAUACGCUGGUGUAUAGGCUCUAUCGACCAGACGCUGAAUCUGGUGCACGCGAGGCUGGAGCUUAACGCAAGGUUCCGAUGAAGCCUCAUGUCGUGCAAACUAGGAAUCGCCGCCCACACCCUUUGCCUCAAACAUGUAGGCAACCAAGUCGUCAAAUUCGAUCGAGUCAUUAUCACUAUUCUGCCUUGAUCAAGAUCGUUUCGCGUUCAAUGUGGUCUGUAUGACACAACUCAAGACGCUGCUAUAGUACAUAUGCUAAGUAGUCAACAUGUAAUCAUACGUCGCAUGACCGUUUACACAUGUAGGUAGGUAAGGCUGCUCACGUUCCUAGACCGGUGAAUACAGAGAUUUGGGACCAGGUACUACAGUCUCAUCCUUAUUGCUCACUUUGAUACCCGCCAUCAGGACAGUGAAGCCGAAUCAAUAAGGUGGCUGCUCUUGCGUCCGCAACAGGUGAAACUUUGCGGCUCAUGCCUGUUGGUGUGGUCAGGUAUUUCAGGUAGCAAGCCUGAUUUGUCACUUGAGGAGCCUCAUGAAUACGGUCCGGUCUAUCAGCUUCAUUGUAAACUAGUAUUUGCUGACCUACUUUACGUAUCUUUGGAGGCGCAGCAGCCUGAUGUAGUUGAUUGGCGGUGUUCGGUAUUGGCCCCCAGAUGUUCGUCUCGGACUACCAUUUCAUACUACAGAUCCGGUUACGGAUCUCGGCACCCGCGGAAGCUUGGUAAUAAU